AUGGGGAACUAUUGGCAUUGGGCUUCCAAGGAUCUGGGCCAAUUGAUCCAUGGGCGGGUAUUGUCAUCUAUGAAUGAUAUCACCGCAAUAAAGUGGGUGGAUGGCGUCAACCUUGGAAGCUCUGGAACGAAACGUCUCCAGCGACUCGUGGCAGCAGCUCCUGGCGGCGUUAACUCUUUCUUGGGAGAAAUGUGUGAUGAUAUUUUGCCAGUCGAUGGCGGCAGGAUUGUCAUUUUUGACUUUGCGCGUUCAUCGACUGAUGGGGAUACAGUUGAAUUGACAAUUGAGGUGGGCGAAGCGGCUCCAAUACCUCUACCGGAACAGGAUUCAACUAUGGAUGUCGAAGUUGAGCUGGAGAGAAGGAGAACGCGAGUUAAUAGACGCGGAGGGUCGGGGAGAAAUCGUAAUACUGUCAUUGAGCGCUCUGCUACGCUCGCCAGACAUCGUGCCAGCAUUGGAAGUACGCGUUUUGAAACCCCACCCGUCCCAACUAGGGUUCACCGAAAUAGCUUUUCUCAGCCUAGUUCCCCCACAGAUCCCAACUCAGCUGUUGACAUCCAUGCUGUUGAGAUUCCGUAUACCAACAACCAACCACGAUCUCAAAACCUCCUUAGUCGAGCAGCUACUGCUGCAACGGCUGCAACGGCUGCAACGGCUGCAACGGCUGCAACUGCUGACCAUGAUCGGAAUCAUUUCCAAAAUCCCCGCUAUGCAAAUUCAGUUUUGGUGAACCGGCGACCACUGGUGCCGCACGAAAGUGAUGCAGACAACUGGGUUCCUCCGCCGCCACCUUAUACCCCUGAUGCGGAUGAGCCUCUGCCGGAUCAUAUUCUAAGGACGCUACUGCCCUCGCUGACUAACCGUCUGCCACUGAGGUCUCAUGGAAAUGUUACCCAUGACUGCGACGCACACAAAUAUCCCGAUUUGAAUCCACUGCACAUAAUGCUACAGAACGAACGAGGUCAACCAUGGAACGUAUUCCCCUUCUCAGGAUGA